AUGUCGUGCCAGGCGUUCAGUACGGACGCCUUCACCACGCUGGUGGGAGACUCCGGUCUGCCACUGCUCAUGCAUCACGCCUCCGCCGGUGACUGCACGCCGACCACGUCCCACACCCACAACAUGGUCUCCACAGAGCCUUCUGGUCUGUCUCUGGUCCAGUCCUCAAAGCGCUCUCACAUGCAUCUCGCCACCUCCGCCCUCGGAAACGCCCUUAGCAGCGCCCCCCCAGGCCUGCACUACCCCAUGACCCCCUGUCACUAUGGCAACCAGCAGACCACCUACGGCAUGAUGGCAGGUUCCCUGACUCCCUGCCUGUACAAGUUUCCAGACCAUAGCCUGGGUGGGGGCUCGUGUGCCCUGAGCCACAAUUUCUCCUCGCUUCCCCCCUCCCUGCUCUCUGAAGAACUGUCCAUGGGGGAGAUGAAGCCAGACCCCCGUCGGAGGAACAGGCCCCCCGAGGAGCCCCCCGAUAUGGACUCUCCCCAGAUACGAGAACUGGAGAGAUUCGCCAAUGACUUCAAGCUGCGCAGAAUCAAAUUGGGGUACACCCAAACUAAUGUAGGUGAGGCUCUGGCUUCCGUGCAUGGCUCAGAGUUCAGUCAGACGACCAUCUGUCGCUUUGAGAACCUGCAGCUGAGCUUUAAGAAUGCCUGCAAGUUGAAGGCCAUUCUGGCUAAGUGGCUGGACGAGGCGGAGCAGGCAGGGGCCCUCUUUAAUGAGAAAAUGGGCAUGAACGAACGCAAGAGAAAAAGAAGAACCACCAUCAGCCUGGGGGCGAAGGAGGCAUUGGAAAGGAGUUUUGGGGAGAAGAGCAAACCUUCCUCCCAGGAGAUUGUGCGCAUCGCCGAGGGGCUCCACCUGGAGAAGGAGGUGGUGCGAGUGUGGUUCUGCAAUCGUCGGCAACGGGAGAAGCGUGUGAAGACCAGUCUACACCACAGCUCCUACCUGACCAAGGAGAGCGCCACCUGCAGGUAA